AUGGGAUGUGGAAGCGGUCGUCCUUAUAGCGAAAAAGAAGUUGAAAAAUAUAUAAAAAAAUGUCAACCACGUUUACAAUCAGCUGAAUUAACUGAAGAUGGUCGUAUUAAAUUAAAAACUACAGAUGGAUUUUUUAAUGCAAGUCCAUUACUUGAUUCAACAUGGUUACAAGGUAAAAUAACCAAUAAUGAAUAUCGUCAAGCAAUUGAACAUAUAAAUCACCGUAUAGCUCAAUCAGUAACUGGUACAUCGAAUAAUCUUUCAAUAGAACAAAUUCCAAAAAGUCAAUCAGCUAAAUUAGCUUUAGAAGAAUUAAAUGCAAAAUAUGAAGGACGCAUUCAUUUUACUUACGAGCAAAAUAAUGUUGAAAAUUCAAUUAAUACUAAUGAAUCUUUUAUUUAUAUUAGUUUUAAAUAA